AUGAAGGUUGAAUGUCCACAAGCAUUUACAUGGGAAUGUGACGAAUUAAAUUGUUGUGAGAGUUAUCACUUCCGUGUAAUUUUACUUUUUAUUGCAAUUGGCUUAUUUUUAACAGCACUUUUGGUUGCUGCUAUUUGGUUAACAUAUGAAUUUAGGAUUUCUUACAGAAGGAAGCGUUUACAAGAGAUGGAUCAAUUUCGGAACGAAGUUGAAAUGCGAAGUUUUGAGGAAGCGAAAUAUUUGCGACGAAUGUCACAAAACAAUUUCACCAAAAGUUACAAUGAAAAAGGACGCAGAUUACAGUGCUAA